AUGGCUGGCGCGUGUUGCGAUCUCUUGGGAGAGCAUGCUUUUUACAGGCGCGCGCUGGAUCUGCAGCGCCUGUACUUUCACAAGGCUCAUUGGUACUCAUUGAGUACUCAUUGGCGUGAUUCGCCCCUGACCGAAUCAUGCCCAGCACAUGCCCAGCACUGGAUCUGCUGCCCUGUCCCAGUCCGUGGGACUGUGCAAUAUGAUGCAAUAUGUCACAGGUCGAUGGUCCAGGCUUGGCUCAUGGACAGGUAUAUCUACUUUGAUAUACACACAUAUAUAUAUAUUUAUAUUAUAUUCAUUGAUCUAAUGCAUCACUUGCAGCAGAAUAUGGCAGUAUGUUUGGCCGUGUGUUUCCAAGUGGAACCAGAAGGAGUCUUUUCAGGGGCUGCCUAUGACUGGUGGAGCCGGCUGCCGGUCGCGGGUGAAGCUGAAGCUGUGUCCGAGCCUGCGAGUCCGGGUACGGGUGACGAGCCAAGUCGAUGUCGCCGGGCUUGGAGAAGGGUGGACGAAGGUGACACCGUCCACCCUUCUUUUCUGAGGGGGGUAGGUGUGACGGAGCGACCACCCGUCCCCAAAAUGCGACAGUGGCAUUUCUAUGAGGGAUUGCCUCAACCUGGAGGACACUGA